CACUUCAACAGGUGGCGACGGACGUAGUUGACUCUGCUUUCAGAGAUUUCAGACAAGGGAAGAGAAAUGUUUUUCUCCGUUCCCUGCUAACAACACCGGCGCUACAGAGGAAGGCAGAAUCCAUCCAGGUCUACUAGGCGGAGGUGAGGAGAAUGUGGGGUGAGGAGAAAAGAGGAAUCCAUGUCAACCAGGCCGAGCUCCUCUGUAAAGAUGGCUGUGGCUAUUAUGGCAACACUGCCUGGCAGGGUUACUGCUCCAAGUGCUGGAGAGAGAGGAUCCGCAAGACUGAAACCACCAAACCAGAGAAUGGCCUCCAUGGUGAUAGAGGAUUCCAGCUCACAUUCUCCAAAUUUGAGGAGAAGAAAAGUGUGGAGAAGGGCAGACGCUCCAGCACGAUGAAACGACUGUUCUGGGGGACUCCAUCACCACCACGCCAAGCAGAGUCUUCAGAAGGUCAGGAAGCAGCACUGCAGGCCUUUCAGAGCCUGGAACCUGGAGAUUUCCCCGGCUUCCUCAAGCUCCUACGUAAGCCGACCUCCCAGCGGCUGCAGUCCCGCUGUACAGCUUUUCUCAACACCAUCGAGGCCUACCAUGACCUACCUGUUGAGAAGCAGUCAGACCUGGUGCAGGAUUUCUACCAGAACAUUGCUGUUCACUUUAAUGGUCUGCCAGAAGCACAAGUUUUGCAGAUGAUGGAACAUAUUGAGAAGCUGAUCAUGACUCGUCUGCACAAGUGGGUCUUUUGUCAUGACAGCUGUGAUGAUGAACAGAAGGAUCUGACACUUCAGCGGAGGAUCAAGUCAUUAAACUGGGUUACCCCUCAGAUGCUGCGCGUCCCCUUCCCCAAAGGUGGAUCUGACAGUGACCCAUAUUUACCAGCAAUAACAGCCAUCAUUGAGAUGGAUGCCAAGCGUGCACCUCAGGACAAGCUAAUCUGUGUCUCUAAGUGCAGUCAGAAUGUGUUCCAAGCUCUUGCCUUGGCCAAUAGCCAGCCAGCAAAUGCAGACGACUUCCUCUCAGGUCUGAUUUACGUUGUGCUGAGGGCUAACCCACCCCGUCUUCACUCCAACAUGAACUACAUCACCCGCUUUGGCCUGCCACACAGCUUGAUGGCAGGCGAGACUGGCUACUACUUCACCAACCUGUCAUGUACAGUGGCCUUCAUUGAGAAACUGGACGGCCCAGCACUUAACCUCACUCCAGAGGAGUUCAGCAGUUACAUGCAGGGACGCAGAAUGCCAUCCAGGCCAGCAGAGGGUGACAGCCAGAGAAGGGCCUGGGAAAACCGUGAGCAGCUGGAUGACCUGAAGAAGCGUCAAGAGAAAGUGGACCAAGGAGUACGAGCGCUUCAGGAGCAGUUGGAGCAGUGGGUACGGUCUGUGCAGGAGAAAGUGGAUGAAGUUACUGCUCAGUCUGCGCUGCUGGAGAACCAUCUGGCUGAGUCAUUUGAGAAGUCUGCAGGCAAUGCAAGAGACCAGUCAGUACUGGUGCUUAGGAACGAUGCAUCACAUGAAGCUGGUCCUGAAGAGACUGAGUGUUGACCCUUUUUUAUAUAUAUAUAUAUAUAUAUAUAUGAGUGGUGUCCUCCUAGCCAUAUGUUUGUAUGCUGCAUUUACAUUGCCUGGUAAAGCACAUGUUUAUAUAGCUCUAAAGCAGUGGGUCACCAACCCUGGUUCUUAAAAUCUGCCCUCCUGCAGAGUCUAGUUCCAACUGCAGUCUGCCCCACCUGCUACAGCUAAUUAACUUUUUCAAAGUCAUUGAUUGGCUGAAUCAGAUGCAUUAGUGUUAGGUGAACGGAGGGGCAGCUUGAUGCACGUUGGAACUAAAAUCUACAGGAAAGUAGAUCUUCAUUAGGACCACUGCUUUAAAGGCUGGUUUCUUGACCAUGGAUUUAAUACCUUUUGAAAAUCCUGUUUAGUCUGAGUUAAGGCUUAAAAGAAAGCAUCAGUUCCUUUCAACCUAAUCUUUAUCAACCGCAUCUGUAUUGUACUGAAAAUAAGAAAAUGCAUCAUCUUGAAACUAGCUAGCCCUAGCACUUGAAAAUACAGCUCUAACUGUUUAUAUUAUGACCGAAUGGCUUACUAAAGUUGGUCUUCUGAGGUUUCAUCCAACCUUUUCUGGUAUCCAUGGCAAUUAAGUUGCAAAACGCUAUGUAUUACCAAAGAUUCUUACCUUGGAUAGUCCCAAUUUUUUUAUUGUUGUUAUUGUUGUUAUUAUUAUUAUUAUUAUAUAAAGAUAGUAAGGAUGCUAGAAUUUUCCUUUGAUCUGGGCCUGGGAAAUCGGCUAUAGAUGCUCUACAUAUCCUAUAUCCUAUCUGCUAUUACAAAUUACAUUCAAUAUUCACAUGUAUUGGCACUUGGCACCAUAGAAUUUUUACAAUAGGAUUUCAGUGUUUAUUAGAGCUUAAUAUGCAAACAACUUAUCUGCACCACAGUUGCACUUAAAUGCUAAAAUAUACAAAGAGAACAAGUAGUAAUGAUGAAGGCCUUUGCUCCCAGUAUAUUACCUGCUGUUCAUUUGGCAUGACUCUUUCAAAACGCUAAUAGAUCGGUGUGCACUGUUUAUUUUUCUGCUUUCCUGUCAGGACAGUGUCUUCACAGUAUUGAUUAGUGUUAUCAUGGGGAUAGAUCACGUCUUAUUUCAGAGUUUUUAAAAACAUGUUUUGGAUUGUGGAAUGUGGAUUUUUUUUUUGGCGACUAGGACAUGUAGGACAUUGCAGUAGCAGUGCAGGGCACAACCGAAAACUGCUCAGUAGUCCAAGAGAGAAGACAUUUGAAGCACAGUAGCACCCCUGAAACAUGUGCUAAUGUUUAAAAGCUCAGCAAAUGCGUUUGCAGUCAGAAAUACACUACUGUGCGAAGGUUUCUAAGCGUAGUUUUCAAUAAUAUAAAAUAUAUUAUAAUGUAUAAAGCUGUAAAAAUAAUGAUUUUUCUGAUGAACAGAGCUGUAGAUGAUUCCAUAAUCACUGAGAAACUAAUGUAUCAGCUAAGUUUAUAUGGGGAGUUUAUAUAGGCAGUUUAUAUUUUGUCUUGUAAGUGUCUGAAAAGCUGUGCUACUACAACAGUCUAGAAUAGAAGCAUGAUAUUAAAGAAAGUAAAGACCAGAUUUUAAGGAAUAAAAACCAUAAUACUGUUGUA